UGUCGGAAGUGAAACGUAGGGCCUGCUGCUGCUGCUGCUGCAAUAUAUAUAUUUGGUGGGGGGAGGGUCGAUGAAAACUGUGCGUGAGUGUGAGAUCAAAAAAACGGCGUGCAAAAACCGACAACGACUGCGGACAUGCAUCUGACGGUACCUCUAUCGAUUAGUUCACAAAUUUAAUUGAUAGCUUUUCGUUCUUUUUUUCUGCUUUUUUUUUUCGUGAACCCCCCCCUCCUCCUCUCGCUCUCCCGCCGCUCGCUAAAGAUCGCAUCGAAGACGCGGCAAGGCGGUGCAACGUGUUGCGUCAUGAGCGGCGUGACGUCACUGGUAGGGUGAAGGCAAAAAUGGCGGAGUGCUCGUAUGCUCGCUGCGUUCAGGAGCGCCGAGCGAUCAAAAAAGAGCUGCAAAGAUGGACGAAGAACAUGGUUUUCGUAGUAGGUCUGGAAAGAGUGGCUGAGGAGUUGAUGGGCAGGCGAAAAUGGAAACUAUACCAAGAUGCAGUGCUGAAGACGCCUCUGAAAGUAGACGUAGAGGACUGGAAGCCCCGGGACAAGUGCUGUAUGUGUGACGGCAGAGCCUUCCUAGACUCCGCCACCAGUCCAGCAGCAUCAGACAGUGGCAGUACCAGCACCAAUAGUCAGGCUAGCAGUUCCCUACGAGAAACUCCGCCAGUAAGUUUGCCCCAUGAAGGGGGCUAUUCUACAGCAGCUCCAAACAACGUCAUCCCCUCCCUUUCUUCGUCAACGUCUGGAAUGACAACAUUACAGUCAGUCACGUCCAUGGCUGCAUCAUUGGCUGCAGUCGCUGCUCUUAGUUCUAACAUGAAUCAUUCCAGUUCUGAUCCUGUGACCAACAUUCCUGGUGUCCCAACGCCACCCAGUGCUAUGCCGUUCUAUCCAACACCACCCCAUCAUCAUGGAGGUCUAUUUCCUCAUUGGUAUCUCUCGCCGCCCCAUUCCCACAUUGCUGGACGAACUAUUCCAUCGCCUAUUGUGGCGCUGGCCAAUGGUCUGAGACUUGAAGCUGUGCCUUCAGCAAAGCAGGAUCACAGCACCACACCCCCCAUAGUGAUGGCUCUUCCCCCCUCAAGCAGCACCCCAGAACAGCCAUUGGAUCUGAGUGCCAAAGCUAGUGAGAGUGUUAGAGACUGUAAUCCUGUGGUCAUGCCCCUUGAGCAACAGCAGUCCCUCAAGGUUCCAAACAUCGACAACAAGCACAUUUUCAAGGCAAAACCCCGCAUGAGCACAGUGGCUGGGCGCAGAACAUACACAGAGGAAGAACUGCAAGCAGCUCUUCGUGACAUACAGAGUGGCAAGCUGGGCACCCGUCGAGCUGCUGUCAUCUAUGGAAUUCCGAGGUCAACCCUCCGUAACAAAGUGUACAAGUUGGCUAUGGAGCGAGAACGAGAUUCCCACCUAGUGCUCGGUAACAGUGCUACCACAGUGGGACAAGGCAUAGACACACCUGUAGUUCCAAAGACUGAACCAAUUCAAGAAGAAGAAGACGAGAAAGAGCUGUCGGGAGCCGAGGAAGAGCGUGAAGUGGAGAAAGCAUUGAGGGAACCAUUGUUGUCUGUGGAAGACCUUGUGAGGUUCUCAGUUUUUGGUGCUGGGAAAGGUCUGAUGGCCAGUGAGCCACUAAGAACACUUCUUCUACAGCAUGGACGGUUCCUUGAAGAUGGGCUUCGCAGACAUGCCGCCGUCAGUGAGGAUGGAGAAGAUGGUUCCUCUCCAUCAGUGUACCCUGGAUUCUCUCAGAAUACUUCAGACAUUUGGGGUGGUAUGGAACACAGUUCUCUUGGUCCUUAUGUUUCUCAGUUCCUGGCUUCUACAUCCGUUGAACGUAGCAGAGACACUGUGGCUGACACUGUUGGAAGCAAGAAGAACCUGGCUGGAGGGUCAUCGACACCUGGAGACAAAAGUCCAGUAGGUGGAGAUUUCCUUCCAAAAUUCCCCACACCUCUCUUGCCAGAAUUUGUUCGAAGGAUAAUAGCAGAAGACAAAUUGCUCUCAGAAGAACAGAUGAAGAAACAGCGCCACUUGAAACAUAGCUUUCAUCCAAAUGGUGCCCAUGCUGAUGAAACUACUGGUGAAAAUCCUGAAAAACCAGCAAUCAGACCUUCCACUGUUGCCACAGAAGAGUCACCUGAUGCGGAAGCUUGUUCAUCAACUGGGGCCACUCCACCUUCUAAUGUGAUACUGAAAAUUCCGUCCUUUAAACCAACUUCAAAGAACGGAGUGGCUUCUAGUAGUGGUGGCAGUGCUGCAGAGCCACAAGAGUCUUCUAGUCAACAGUUCAUAAGAGGCACUGACUGCUCUUCACCUCCCACCAUCCCUUCGAGUCUUGUUGGGAAAGGUAUUGGUGUUAGCCUUAGGGAAGUGAUUGCCAAGAGUAUCAGCCAGAAGUUCCAGCAGCACAGUUCAGCUGACGUCUCACCACUGCAGCUGCCACCUAAACUCUUUCUGGGGCAUGACACUGGUAUUGAACCUCCAUUCAAACGAGGCCGAUUCACGCCUCCGCUUGGUGCAGGUGCUCCUUCAUCUGUCACUGCUUCUGUCAUCAAACAACACAGCAACAACACCCAAUCUGAUGACAGAAAUGCUCAAAAAGUGUUGUCACAAGCUGCUGGCAAAUCAUUGGGAAGUGCUGGUGGUGUUAGCAACCCAACAGGGGGGAAAGGAACACGUCCAAAACGUGGAAAGUACCGUAACUAUGACCGUGACAGUCUGAUUGAGGCAGUAAGGGCAGUUCAGAGGGGUGAAAUGAGCGUUCAUCGUGCUGGUUCGCAUUUUGGUGUGCCACAUUCCACUCUUGAGUACAAAGUAAAGGAGCGGCACCUCAUGAGGCCUCGCAAGCGUGAACCUAAGCCUCACAUGGAUGACACCAAGAAGAAGGAUGACAGCAACAUUGUGAGGCACUCUGCCCCCACUCUAGAGAAACCCAAAAUUCCUCCAAAAUCAACUCCAAAAGCUCCUUUCACGCCACCUUCUGGGAUUCAAAAUGCUCCCAAUGGUCUAAAAAUUCCUCCUAUGUUUGACCAUGGUAGCAUGCCUCCACUGCCAUAUGCAACAGCCCCACCAUAUACAUUCUGGCCACCCAGUCCUUUCCCCCACCUGCCAAUCCCAGACUUCUCCCGCAGCAGUGUGAGCAACACUCCUGUUGGCUACACCCAAACCCCAGAAUUUUUUGCAUCACAGAUGAUGCAGCAGCUUCAGGAAGAGUCUUCUCGAGUUCAUCAUGCUGGGGAUGCAAGUAGUCCUGCGGAUGUGUCCACGUCAUCCAGUCGAAGUCCACCGCCUUCAAACUCAAGUGGAACACUUGGGAAGAGUGCACGGGAAAUGGCAGAGAGCCUGUAUGAUGGGACAGGUGCUAAUGGAAGCUUUCUAGAUGGAAUCAUUCGUUCCAGCCUGGAGAUGGGCCUCCCUACAGGAGCUCCCAAGGAAGGCAGCAAUACCAGUGCCCCUGAGAACAUGUCAAACAAAGCUCUUCUGGACCAGUUGUGCCGAAACAGCCGUCUGACACCCCUUCCGCGUGCAGUAUCAUUGUCACUAACUGAUGGGGGAGCAAGCAGUUCUGAUGAUGACUCCAUGAAACAGCAGUCUUUGUUGAAGAACACACAUGGGUGCAGCAGCAUCAAGACUGCUGUGACAGAAUCUGACAUGAGCAUAUCGGCGAUUAUUGAUCUCUCUCCGUCAUCUAAUGGAUCGACAGCAGAUCGCGAUGUUCAUCGAAAGUGUACAGUAGAGGAAGAAGAGGGUGAUGAAGAUGCCUUUUCACCUUCAGCAAAAGACACUGAGGUAGCAGCAAGAUUAUUUGCUGGCACACAUGUCUUGGAAUCACAAACAGAGGAAACAAAUGGCAUAUCUAAGGAUGAUGACAACAAUGCGCCAGAUGGUGAUAACAGUGAUGUUAAUGACGAUGUCAAUGAUGAAAGUGCCUGUGAUAGUAAAAAUAUAAAGAGAGUUGAUAGAGAUGCUGCCAAAGAUGACAAACAAGGAGAGGGAGGAGAAGACCCAGUGGAGAAAGAGGAUACCAAAUCAAAGAUCAACUCACUAAGAGACUGAAUUCCUUUUAGCCACUAUUAAUUAGCAUGUUAUAUACAAAAUGCUAUGUGACAGAAUUUUAUUAUUAUAUUAUUAUCAAGGUGUAUCUUUUUUUAGUCACCUUACUGUACUGAUUUUUGUAGGUGUUGAAUGUUGUAUGUUAGUGUAUAGUUCUGUCAGUUGGGUUGCUCCCAUUUCCAUCUGUUGGGGAUGGGAGAGAACGUUUUUUGUUUUUGUUGUAUUUUUGUUUCACCUUUGUAGCAAAAAUGUUUGAAUCUUAUCACUGUUUUCCUGCUGCUACAUUUUGGAGGAAACAAUUUUUUCUUCCUUUGGUACAUCUGCAUAUUUUUAUCUCUCUCUCUCUUUUUGAGGUUGACAAUCGUAAUGUUGCCAAAGCUAUGUGAAAAAACAUAUUUAUCAAAUUCGAUAAUUUAUCUAUCUAUAUAUAUAUAUACAUACACACACACAUAUAUAUAUAUAUAGUGAGGGUGUUUAAAAAUUGUUGGAAAAUUAACUGUAUACAUUCGUGGUGACUUUUUAAAUAUUUUUUUUAGUCCAACAAAAAAAUGUUCUGUGGCGGUUUCCCAAGAUGACAUCCAUCAAAGCAGUUUCAUUUCAUAUUUGUGUACAUGUACUUUAUGUGUGAGUGUCAUAUGCGUUAUUCAUGUUCAUGUGUGUCGGUGUGUUUGGAUGCAAGUUCUGAAGUUUAAAUGAAACUUGUGAAGAGUGCAGCACAAGUUUAAAUCAAUUCAUGUUUUGUUAUGUUCAAUUUGAGACUUCCUGUUGCCAACUGUGGGUGUGCCAUAUUCACUUUGUAUGUAAAAACUAUACAAAGUUUCAGAACAUGAAUCUCAUUGGUUCCCCACGCUGCAACACAAGUUCCAUUUGAAGUGUUCUAAAGAAAUAAAGUAUAAGGCAGACUGCUUUGAUGUUGGAUUAAAGUUUUUUUUAGAUCUUGGGAUUCACCAAGAAUUUUACUGUCUGUGAUGAAGCCAAAUUUUGAAUGUAUAUUUUCUCUAUUGAUAUCUUAUAUAUACUAGACUAGUUUAUAUAUAUGAAAAAAAUGGAUUUUUGUUUUUGACAAUUGAAGUGCAAUUAGAAAUGGUACGACCUUAAAAUAUACACAUACUGUACGUAUAUAAAUAUAUUUACAUUUUAAAAGAGAUGAAGAUGUUCAAAAAUGAAGGAAGAGAAUCAAGAGUGAAGGUGCAUUAACAGCAGCAGCAACUAACAGAUUCCGACCACAGACACUUUUGUUCAGUGCAACCCAGCUCCAUUUUCAACAAUAGUGCAGUCCCUAGUUUGACAGAGAAGAUUUGGUUUGCCCCCUCCAUGCAGCAAAUAAACAUUCCAACCAAUCAUGUGCCAGAGUUUUAUACGAUCUCAAGCCGGUUAUUCUUCAUGAUGGAAAAAGUUAGCAACAGGCAAAAGAUCCAGUGCUAAAUGCAUAGAAUACUGCUAAUAUAUCAAACAGCCGGAAGCUCAGCUUCCCCCAAGCUUUAUUAUAAUUAUUCCAAUGAGCAUUUGUAAAAUGUUCCCAGAAUGAUUCCUUUUCUUUUAAUAUAUAUAUUAAAUAUAAAUAUAUAUGUAAGAUGAAUUAUGGACACAUCCCAGUGCAAUUCUGAAAAAGGUGUUUGAAACAACUUUUUUAUUUUUGUGACAUGUAAUGUACAGAAUUUUGCUUUCCCAUCUUGUGUUGAUUGUGAUAUUUGUAUGAAUGCUGACAGGCCCUAAUGACAUUAACGUUUCAAAAUUUCUCAAGUUACCACAGCACUCAACAGCAGCUACACGUAUCGCACAGUCAACAGAAGAGCCGCAAUUUCAUUCCAACAUUCCAUUGUACAAAACUUGACAAACAGAAAGGACUGGGAACUGUACCUGAAGCUUCAGAUAAGCUUGUAAAUUGUUCACAUGACGUUUUCUUUCCACAUUGUAGAGAUCAUGUCUGCACAUCUCUUAAUCCUGCAUCCUUGUACGCUCACAAAGUGAAAGCAGAUGUUUGUCAAAUUUUGUAGAAGGGUGAGUGUUGCUGAAGUUUGCUGGAGUAACGUGAGUCAUGUCCAGUUCCAGCUGUGAGUCUGCGCUUCGUUUGCAACAAUUUGUUUUGUCAUGUUAAUUAUGUUAACAGUAACAUAGCUGCUGUUGCGAAUAGUUUUAGCAGUAGAAGGGAUUUUUGAUUUGUGUAAUUUUUUAACCAACCUGUUUUUUUACAUGAUACAAUACACGAAUUAACUUGAUAUAUCAAUCAAACAUACUUGUGUUCAGCCUGUGAGGGCUUCUGUUCUAUAUUACAAAUGUUAAAGUUAAAAAAAAAGACAAAAAAACAUACAUAUUACGUUUACUACACAUGCAUCAUCAAGUUAUUCAUCAUAUAUGUUUAGUUCUACCGAUAACUUGGUUCACAUUAAUGGUUUAACUGAUAACCAUAUUUUUAUACAAGGUUUAAUUCAUUUGGUUAUAGAAUAUAUAUAUAUACACACACACAUAUAAUCCACUUUAUUAUAGUAUGACUCUCCUGUUGGUUUUCUUUCUCUGCAGAGAAAUGCAUGCCAUUUUGGUUUGAGAAGUGUUACUCCUUGGUUCAUCAUGUUCAGUAUUUGUGUAUCAGCCCAUCUAUUCCAAAUUCUUAUGUAACAUAUCAGUCCAUAAGACCACAAAGAUACAUAAGUGCUCCAUACUCGCUCAGAAAGAAAAUGGCAGCAGUGACAGAUUCUGUAAAUACCAUUCUGCACUUGAUUGUUGUGUGCUUGUACUCCAUUGUUACAAAUUUAAGAAUUCUCAACCAUAGAUCACUGUAUCAUGCUUGCAAAGGAAUAUUACUUCCAAAUCUCAUUCCAUUGCAAAACCAUGCUGUUAUUCGUUACUUCAUCCCCUUUGCAAGUGUGAUGCGUGUGUUUGUAUUCAUUCCAAACCACAAUGAUUGCAAGGUAUAUAUAAAACUCUGAUAUGGGCAUGGAAUGAUAUGUACAUAAUCUAUUUUUUUAAAUAAGCUUCUAUACACAAAAUGAUAUUGCCCAGUCCCUGUGUGGUUUCCUUUCGUGCUAAAUCUCGUCUCUGUUACACUUUUCACGCAGUAAGUCAGUUCACAGGACCAUUUGCGCAGAUGAUUGUGCCACAGUGUGCACAGUUUGUGUCAUUAAUGCCAAAGUGUCUUGUAAUUAUUUCCACAGAUUGUCCUGAAAGUGGUUGUUUGUGCUUAUUUAUAUGAAAUAUUCUUAUUUUUACCAUCCAAUGGAAGUGGUUCUUGGCCUUGUGAUAAAAUGUGUUUUGUAGAUUCUACUUAUGGUCCUGUACUCAUGAAAUGGGUGACUCAUUUCUUUACUCUGAUUUGUUAUGUUUGACAUAUCAAAAUUAAUUACUGUCUUUAAUGUGAUGUUUCAAAUCUAGUCUUGUUUCAAAAUCGUAUUUUCAGAGGGAGACCACGCGAUUUGUAAAAAGGAAAUGUAUUUAAAUUACAGAAAUUAAUAUAUUAUAUCUAAGAAAAUUCAAAAGAGAUGUGUUUAAGAGUGUGAAGCGCGCUCAACUGGUACUAUAGCCGAACUAGUUGAGUGUGUAUGCAUGUAUUCAUUGGUUGUGAUACUGUUUUCUUCUUCAAAUCUAAACUGUAUUUGGUUAGAUCUCAGCUGAACAAACACGGUGAUAUGUUGCGAUAUGUUUGUGUCCUUUAGCACUUGGAUGAGACUCGGAUUAAAUUAAUUUCAAAUUGGAGUUAAGUGUAAUUGAAAAUUAAGUGUACACUUUAAUAUAAUUGUGAGAUUAGAUUUGUUUUGUCACCCAGGUGCUAAGGAUUUGUGACAGAAUUUUGAACAAGACUGAACUUUUGCCAGUAUUGCUUUGAUUGUUUUUAGUAGUUUCCUCUUUUUAGUGAUAAUUUGGAAACUGUGUAGUUUCAGCCUGUAAAUUAGUGUAAUCCCCAAAAUGAGGAUGUGUACAUAGGUGUCUCAUGCCAGUUGGAAUGGAUCAUGAAUUGUUUUUGUUUUUCGUUUGCAACUUGUAACAAUAUUUUUGAUAACUGGCUGCUGCGUCGCCAAGCGUCGCCCACCGUAUCACUUCUGCGCCAUAUCUCCCCUUUUAUAUACCCUUGCAGUGUGGGACCAAGUUCACAGACUCCACCAACUGAUCAAUGUUUUUGUGAACCUAUGUACAAUACUUAACGUAUUAUCAAAAACACAGUUGUUGAACAAAUUGCCUGCUUUAUUAUAACUAUUAAUCAUCGUAUUCCAUUUUGACAAUAUGUAAGCGAAUGCAGAUUUUUAAUCCAAGUCUGCCUUUUAUCAAUAAAUGUUUUCUCUUCAUAUGGACCACCCUGUUUUUACGGUCUGCCAAGAAAUUUUACUAAAUACCUUCUAGUUAUAUGAUCAUGUAAAACUAGGUAGAAGAAACAAAAAAUUCAAAGCAGGAAUUCAAACAAGUGAUAACCAAGGUCUGGUGUAAAAAUGAAAGAAAGCUGUUAAUACUUUUCUGCCUUGAGAAUCGAACGUUGUCAAGUGUGUUGUGCCACGUGUCGGUGUUGCAAAAAGCUGUGUUUGGAAAUGCCUGUGGGAAGUGUUAUUUUCUGAGAAUAUUAAAAAUGAUAAUAUUGUAUAUUUA